AACAAUGGGUACUUCCGAACAUGUGCCGCUACCGACGGAUGAGGCGAAAGCCAAGGAGCUCGAGCAAUCUCAGCAUUCUGAAGAGCCGGAUAGAGGACAAUGGACAGGAAAAUUCGAUUUCCUCAUGAGCAUGGUCGCCUACGCAGUGGGCCUUGGAAACGUUUGGCGGUUCCCGUAUUUGUGUUACAAAAACGGUGGAGGCUCCUUCCUCGUAGUCUACAUGAUCUUCUUCUGCCUGGCAGCCGUUCCAAUUUUCCUGAUGGAGGUCACAGUUGGUCAGUACCUGCAAAAAGGUGCUAUGGAAAUGUGGCUCAUGUGCCCACUUUUCCGUGGUGUCGGAAUCGGUAAUGUCGUGAUCGCCUUCAUGUGCAUCGCCUACUUCUGUGUAAUUGUCGCCUGGGCCAUGUUCUACAUGAUUAGCUCAAUUGCCUGGGUGUUCCCGUGGGAGACUUGCAACAAUUAUUGGAAUGAUGCCACGUGUGUCACUGGAAAGGAAAACUUUACCGAGUUGGCGAGGAUUAAGGCCCUCGUCGCCAGUGCCGGAGGCCACACUCAAACCUCUGUGGAGCAGUUCUGGGAGAAGCGUGUGCUCCAUGAUACCGGAGAUAUUUCCGAAUUUGGUGGGAUUCAAUGGGAGCUGUUCUUCAUUAUGGCUGCUGCUUGGCUGAUUGUCUACUUUGCUCUCUGGAAGGGUAUCACUCAAGCUAGAAAGUUCGUCUACUUCUGCGCCCUCUUCCCAUACGUCCUGAUCUUCAUUCUCCUGAUUCGUGGUCUUACCCUAGAAGGAGCCGGUACUGGAAUCUACUUCUACCUGAAGCCCAAUGCAACUAGGCUUCUGGACACGGCGGUCUGGAAGGAUGCAGGAACCCAGGUCUUCUACUCUUACGGAGUCGGUUUCGGAGCCCUGAUCGCCCUGGGAUCCCACAAUAAAUUCAAUCACAACUGCUUCAAAGACGCCAUCACCAUGUGCUUCAUCAAUGGAUGUACCUCCAUCACCGCCGGAUUCGCUGUCUUUUCAAUUCUCGGAUACAUGUCCCAUGUAGCUCAGAAGGAUAUUUCUGAAAUUGUGAAGCCUGGCGUCGGGUUGGCCUUCUUGGCGUACCCUGAAGUAGCCUCUAACCUUCCGAUGAAACAAGUUUUCGCUGUCCUUUUCUUCCUUAUGAUCACAAUUCUUGGGUUGGACUCACAAGUUUGUAUGAUGGAGGGACUAUUUACGGCGUUGGAAGACGCUUUCCCGAUCCUCAGAAAAUACAAAAAGCAGUCACUUGGAAUAUUCUGCCUGUUCUUCUUCUGCAUCGGAAUUCCUAUGGUUACACAUUCCGGCUCCCACUGGCUCACCCUUUUCGAUGCUUAUGGUGCAUCGGGCUAUGCUCUCCUCUUUGUCGUAUUCUUUGAAGUAGUCGGUCUGGCUUACGGUUUUGGAGCCCAUAACAUCAGAAAAGCACUCCAUGAAAUGAUUGGUGUAACCCUGCCAAAAGGUAUCGAGUACGUCUGGAAAUUCUGUGCUCCGGCUACGAGUUUGGUGCUCUUCGUGUUCUGCGUUGUGUACUAUCACCCAGUCAAGUACCCGGACGGAAAGGAUUUCCCGUUCUGGGCUAACGCUUUCGGAUGGUUCUUGUCUUCGUGCUCCAUGGUUGUCAUCCCAGGAUAUGCUAUCUAUUAUCUCUUCUUCACAAACAAACAUCUGACACUCAAAGAGCGCGUUCGCAAGGGGCUCAACUUGGAUGGUUCCUUCGAAUCCCCAGCCAAAAAGAACCUGGUGAACAACGCCGAGGAGCUGAAAUUCAUCGAAUCCUCUUCUCAAUAAACUGAAAUUUUCAGAUUUUUUUUUUGAUUUUUUUCGAAUUUUUUUUCAUUUCGACCCCCCCGCAAUACUGAGAUUCUUCAAUGAUCUUUUGCUGUUUAUUUCUUCAUAUUUUCCCUGAAUUUUGUCCAUUUUCAGACAAGCUUUAUCUUCUCCUCUUCCCGUUCAUUUUUCCAUUCCAAUAUGAGCUUUUUCUAUUACUUCUCCAGCUGGUUACCCCCCUGACCCCCGUAUUUUUCAACAAAAAAACCGAUUAUCAAUUGAAAUUCACUUUGUUACACAAUUUCCACUCAACGAAUUUUAGUGUUAUAAUUUUUUAACUUCAAAAUCAAUCAAUAAACUCUUAAUCUG